UCUUGCUGCUCCUGGCAGGCUCCUUGGCAGUCCUCUUCGGCCAGUCGUAGAACCGCGUAGAACCGUCGCGUGUUGCUCAGAGUUUUAGCGCGAAUUUUCGUUGCAAGUGCAAAGGCACGGGCACUGGCCAGCCCAGUCCCACUCAAGUGUUGUCCAUCAAGAAUUGUAUACAUUAAAUUUAGCACUUGAUUUUUGUUGUUUUUGUUUCGUGUUGCGCCGCACCUAAUCCCCGCCAGAAAUCCACAAAGAGAACAAACGAGCAGCGCCCACCGAACAGGCCAUCAAAUUAAUCAAAUUAAAAGUACUUGGCCGUGCAAUUACGCAGAAUGCCGUUUGCCUUUUAAGUUUCAACGCUCGCAUUGUUACCCGGCAACGGCUUGCAGACAGCAGGCAGCAGGCAGCAGGCACAGUGGAAAAACUGACGCUAAACAGGAGGCACACAGGAGAGUCUCCAUCCUCAGCCUCAUCCGCAUCCACAUCCACAUCCACAUACAGUUCGAGUUCCAGUUGCAAUUGCAGUGGCAGUGCCAGUGCCACUGACAGUGGCAGUAAGUUACUGUGCAACUUUUGCCGGAAUCCCGUUGGCGCUGUCGUUGUUGUCGCAUAACUCAAAGCUGAUGAAAUAUGGAGCUGCUUCAGGUACUCUGCUGCACGCUCCUCCUGCUCCUCGCCCGAAUGCAAGUGCUGCUCGCCGUCAGCUGGGAGGAUUGGUGGACAUACGAUGGAAUCUCAGGUCCUGCCUUUUGGGGCCUCAUCAAUCCGGAGUGGUCGUUGUGCAACAAGGGCCGACGUCAGUCACCGGUAAAUCUGGAGCCGCAGCGCCUGCUCUUCGAUCCCAACUUGAGGCCGAUGCAUAUCGACAAACAUAGGAUAUCCGGACUAAUCACCAAUACCGGACACAGUGUCAUCUUUACGGCCGGCAACGAUACGGUGGCCAACUACGACGGUAUGCAGACGCCCGUGAACAUCUCAGGGGGACCGCUGUCGUACCGCUAUCGCUUCCAUGAGAUUCACAUGCACUACGGCCUGAACGAUCAGUUCGGAUCGGAGCAUAGCGUGGAGGGGUACACAUUCCCAGCGGAGAUACAAAUAUUUGGCUACAAUUCGCAGUUAUAUGCAAAUUUCUCCGACGCCCUGAAUCGUGCCCAGGGCAUUGUGGGUGUCUCCAUUUUGCUGCAGCUGGGUGAUCUGUCCAAUCCGGAGCUGCGCAUGCUCACCGAUCAAUUGGAACGCAUCCGCUAUGGCGGCGACGAGGCGUUCGUGAAGCGUUUGUCCAUACGCGGCCUGCUGCCGGACACGGAUCAUUACAUGACCUACGAUGGCUCAACCACGGCCCCAGCCUGCCACGAAACGGUCACCUGGGUGGUGCUCAACAAGCCCAUCUACAUAACAAAGCAACAGUUGCAUGCUCUGCGCCGUCUCAUGCAGGGCAGCCCCGACCACCCAAAGGCACCGCUGGGCAACAAUUAUCGGCCGCCGCAGCCGCUGCUGCAUCGAGCCAUUCGCACCAACAUUGACUUCAAAACGACGAAAACGAACGGCAAGGCCGCCUGUCCCACCAUGUAUCGUGAGGUCUACUACAAAGCGACCAGUUGGAAACAGAACUAAGACGUAACUAAUGGCCGUUCUGACGUAAUGACGCAGUGACGUAACGUAAGCGCCAGACGUAAUUAGCGUGCGGCGUGCAACAGGAGCUUCCACUAAACAUACAUAUACAACCCGGCGAUGCUGCUGAGGAAAGAUCAAUCGAGGAUGCUGUGCCCAGCAGCUAUAACGAACGAGGAGCGAGUAACGAGCAAUGAGGAGCGAGUAACGAGUAACGAGUAACGAGGAAGAGCAAAAGAAGAGCGUGGGCGUAAAUGAAAUCCAUGCACGCAUACAUACUCGUGCAUACAUAUACAUAAAUACAUAUAUAGGAGGUGCAUCAAGUGAAGCCGAAUAAUAUUGAUAGCGAUAACGAUAACUAGCAUUAAAUGUGCAAUUUUUUUUGGGUCACCCGCCCCAUGCCCCCCACGAAAUCAAUCAGACUCCUUUGAUUGCAGCUGUCAGAGAUGCUCGGGGUGUGCGUGUGUGUGUGUUUUUUUUUAGGUCAAUGUGUGUGUAGGGCUCUGAAUGCAAUACAGCGUAAGUACGAUAACGAUAACGAUAACGAGAACGAUAGCCAUAGCGAUGACUAGUAAGCAGAAUUACCAGCAUAAUCAUAAAUAAUCAUAAUAAUAAUAACACUAAGAAUA